AUGACCGACACGCUGCUGCCUUCGGGCUGCCGGGCGGCGGAGCGGCCGAGCCACGGCUACUUCCGAAAGGGAUGUAACCCUCUUGCAGAGACGGGACGGAGCAAACUGCAAAACCAAAGAGCUGCCCUGAAUCAACAGAUAUUGAAGGCGGUGAGGAUGAGAGCUGGCGCUGAAAACCUUCUCCGCGCAACAACCAACAACAAAAUAAGAGAGCAGGUGCUUCUGGAACUGAGUUACGUAAACUCGGAUCUGCAGAUCCUGAAGGAAGAGUUGGAAGGACUGAACAUCUCUGUUGAGGUCUAUCAGAACAAUGAACAGACGUUUAGCAUUCCUCUGAUACCACUUGGCUUGAAAGAGACCAAAGAUGUCGACUUUGCAGUGCCCUUGAAGGAUUUCAUUCUGGAACACUACAGUGAAGAUGGUUCGGAAUAUGAAAACGAAAUUGCAGAUCUGAUGGAUUUGCGACAAGCAUGCCGUACUCCUAGCAGAGACGAGUCUGGAGUUGAGAUGCUGAUGAGCUACUUUCUUCAACUGGGCUUUGUGGAGAACAGGUUUUUUUCACCAAGCAGACACCUGGGGAUUUUAUUUACCUGGUACGACUCUUUCACGGGAGUCCCCGUCUGCCAGAAGAAUUUGUUGCUUGAAAAAGCCAGUGUCCUGUUUAACAUAGGCGCUCUCUACACACAGAUCGGGACAAGAUGUAACCGGCAGACGCAAGAGGGGCUCCGGAAGGCGAUCGACGCUUUCCAGAGAGCCGCAGGAGUUCUGAAUUAUCUAAAAGAGACUUUCACUCACACUCCAAGCUAUGACAUGAGCCCUGCCAUGCUGAGCGUACUGGUCAAGAUGAUGCUCGCUCAAGCUCAGGAAUGCAUCUUUGAGCAGAUCUGCCUUCCCGGGAUACGGAAUGAAUUUUUCACGCUAGUGAAGCUGGCCCAGGAAGUUGCUAAGGUUGGAGAAAUCUAUAUGCUCGUUAACACGGCGAUGAAUCAAGCGCCAGUCAAGGAGAACAUCCCUUACUCUUGGUCGAAACUGGCCCAAGUCAAGUCGGACCACUUCAGAGCUUUGGCUCAUUAUUUCAUUGCCACGGUUCUAAGCGACCACCAAUUGCGCCCAAAUGAUGAUGAAGACCAGCAGGAAAAAGCCUUCUCCCAGCUCUACGACCACAUGCCAGAAGGCUUGACUCCUUUAGCUCUUUUGAAGGACAGAGGUCAGCGCAAACAACUAGGAAAAGCCCACUUGCGGAGGGCCAUCGUUUAUCAUGAAGAAGCCUUGCGGGCUUGUGGCUUAUGCAGAAAGCUUCGGAACAUAGAGAUCCUGCAGGAGAUUCUGUCCAUUGCGCACAAGCGUUCCUGUCUCAAGUAUUCCCAGCAGGAGCAGGAAGACGAUUUCUUGAGUUUGGUGGAAGCUCCUGAUAUCCUUCCUAAGUCGGACCAUAAAAUAGAAAUGAUUCCUCCCCAGUUCUCGAAGGUGAAAGUCAAAGACUUCUUUGAAAGGCUGGGCCCACUGACAGUGUUUUCGGCAAAGCAGAGGUGGACUGCUCCUCGCACUGUUAAUUUCUGCUGUGAAGCUGGCAGUCUGGGAUUUACCGUGAAAGGAGGCCCACCAGUACACAUCAGCUGUCUCGAUCCAGCUUGUCCUGUGGCGUUGGCUGGUUUGAAAGAAGGAGACUGUCUGGUUUCCAUUGGAGGUGUGGAUUGCAAAUGGCUUGGAGUGAGUGAAAUCUUGGAAAAGUUCAAAAACUUGAACGGGCAGGAUAUUGAGAUCCAAGUUAUCAGUUACCAAGAUACAACAGCAUCCAUGUAUAACAAAAGUGCAACGUACUCUGUGGGAAUGCAGAAAACCUACUCAUUGAUCUGCUUGGCCAUGGAAGAAGACAAAAUCGACACGGCCAAAAAAGUAACUCCAAAGCCAUCCUUCCUGAGCUGGGGGACGAAGAACAGGCAGAAAGCCGCCAGCACGCUCUGCCUCCCCUCCGUCGCGGCUGGGAGCUCCUCGGCAAAAAAGAAACUCGCAUCGCCCUUCACGCUCCUGAGUUCGGAAGAUUCAUUGUACUGA